AUGUCUUCAAAGCAUCCCCUGAGACGAUCGUGUGCUUUUUGUCGAGCGAGGAAGAUCAAGUGCUCCAACGAAACCAUCUGCGAGGCUUGCCGGAAGCAGGGAGCCGACUGCAUCUACGACUUCGAACCCCCACGACCUAAAGUGCGGAAUCUGAGUUUCGACAGUACAAAGACCAACAACCUACUCCAGGUGAGGAGUGAACAUGAGCUACCUGAUAGCAAGAGGAGGAGGUCAUGUUCUGCGAACUCUACUUCUUCUAUGUCUCCUGGCAAAACACACGAGGAUCUCGCGACCUUGGGGGAUGGUGUUGAGAGUCUCGCUGCAUCCCUUGAGCACGUGUUUCACGACAAGUUCUCCCAAUUGAUAUUCGCUGAAUCACGCCGCACACCACCACAGCCAAAGCUAAAUAGCAUCCAAAUUCUAUGCGCAAAUCUCCUCCCCGUAAUAGCUUUCGAUCUUGUCACUGCUGUUGGUCAAAGAUAUAGCGGUUUGGGAUGCCCACAAUCCAGCGACCCCAGUGACCAACUGAUAUCUACUGGACUGUCCAACGACUCGAAUACCGCAAUGUUCGACAACACAACAGCAUAUUGCAGCCCCUUGUCCAACCUGAGCCACCGACAUAGAAAUCAACUGAUCGACGUUUGGUUCUCCGCACACCCCCUGACUUUCCUCAUCUCCAAGACCUUACUCCUUCGAGAGAUACGCGAAGAUACAUGCGACGAGAUUCUUAUGGCGGUGAUGCUUGCUGAUGCUAGCUUCGUCAUCGGAGAACAAUCUGCCGUUGUACGCGGGCAUGAGCUUUUGCAAUGGGCCAAGACACAGCUGCAGAUGCGACCUUACUACCACCCUUCUAAAGACAGCGAUGCUGUGUACUCCGGCGUGCCUACGAGGGUCUACAAAGGGGUUACUACAGCACAAGCUUUGGUGCUGUUGGCUUGGAAUGCCCUCUCCUUGCAAGAGUUCCGCCGAGCGGUCUGCUACAUCGGAGUUGCGAUAAAGUUAGUGACAGAGAUCAAAGACGCCAUGUCAAAGGAUGUCUCCCCGCCAAACUCCAGUCGUAUCAACGGGGUUGAUGUGCUCGAUAUUGAGAAAGAACUGGUGUCCAACCUUUGGUGGACGACUUUUUCACUAAACCUUUGGUCUUCCAUCCAAACAGGAACGAUGCCUGACAUCACUCCAUCGACCUUCAGCCUCGACUCCCUUCCCUUAACCGAGACUUGUUCGGUUUCCGUCCAACUUGACUUGGUCUCUGAGAACUUCAAUACGCUGCAGAAGCAAAAGAGCAAUAUUCGGGAAAUGUGGCCAGUAGCAUACAUGGUUAAUACGGUGGCGUACCUUGUCUCGUAUGAACCAGACCAAGCUGUUUCGAAACACGGUGUUGGAAUCUGCAAAGAAGCCCUACGCUUGCUUGAAGUCACAAAUACCAAAGACCCCAACUCAGAUGGCCUAACUGAGGGUGGUUCGAGGCAACUACUUACUACUUUCCACCAGACUAUGGUCAUCCAAUUUCUAUUCCCCAAGAACGAAUCGUACUAUGAGAAAGUGGUUGUUCCAACAGAGACUGUGCACCAGUUUUCUUCUUCAGUCGAACAAAUCAUACAAUCCCUUUCGCUGUCAAAAGGACAUCUCAAUCACCACAUGACCUCGGCUUCCUCUUUUCAGCAACCCCUCUCCAAAGCUCUUUGCACUCUUUUGGGGACAUGUUCAAGAGCUUUCGAUCUCAUCCGUGAUAAUCCGGGACUCCGUCUUGACCACAGCUAUUUCCGUUCAGAAUGGGAUAAUCGGAUGUGUUCUUUGGCAAGUUCCUUGUAUACAGUCAGCAAGGAUGAGCGGUUCUACCAAGGCGUGGCGCUACGAAACGUCAGAAAGCAGUUGAAAUCAUGUGCUCGAGCUUUUGGCGGCCAGAAUACAUCAAAUGUUUUGGGUUUGCUCGACCCAGGGAUGAAUUCCAUGCGAUCAAUGUCUCAUUCUCCUCAAGGCAGCAUCAAUGCUUCAAAUGGCCUCGCCACAAACGAAGCCCUUACAGAUAUGCCCUCACCCUUUCAAUGCCCCGAACCUACUUCGAGACUAUCUUCCUCGAUGCCAUCUUCAUCACGGUCGUCUACCAGCGUCUCGGCUCAUUCAUUCACCCCUUUUGAGGAAAUGAACAAGUGGCCAAUCACUGAGACCUAUUCUCAUGGCAUGAUGGGCGCCGGUCAUUUGCAUUCUCCUCCCAUAAUGCACCAAGGGGCUCAGAAUGGAACUCAUAUACAGAAUGUGUGGUAUUCUCAACCACCCCCUAUGAUGAACUUUGAGACCGCAGGUCCGGUCUCUAUCCAGCCCGACCAGUGGGUUUGGCCGACUACCAAUGCCGAGGCUGCAACCUAUCUCUCUUUCCAGUCGCUAGAUAUGGAUGAGGCUUGA